CUUUGGUAUAAUACUCUUUGUUUUUGAGCGUUUGAAUUUUUGACCCUAGAGCCGUAAAAUAAAUUGAAAGAAAGAAAAAAGAAUUUUUGAUCCAGGGCCAAAAUAUUAAAUACCUAUCUAAAAAAAGGUUUUUGACACAACACAACACAAGUGCACAAGUUUUUGCAAAAAUAAAUAAUUUAUUAUUAGUGCAAAUUAAUUAAACUACCUACCUGUGAUUUGUUUUGUAACUCUAAAAGUGUGAUUUUAAUCAUCAAUAAUUUAAUAAAACGAUUUUACUGAAAUAUUGUGCUGAAUUCCAUUACGAAUACAGUAAGGUGUAUUGGACCUGCCUGAAUAAAAACAAACAUGUCGUUUUUCAAGAAUGUUACAUCAGGCUUUGGUAUUCGCAGCCGCGACACAAUAUUGAAAGAGUCUCUUAUAAAUAAUUUAUCAGAAUGCGUAAAAGAUAUUCAAUACAAUAGCCAAUUCGAGGAGAAUUUUCACAGCGUACUCGGCUCGACAGACUCCACAAACACAUUGUGUAUGGCGUUAGAGGCUGUUUUUCUUCACGGUUUGAAAGACACGUUUUUGAGAAAAGCUAAGAACGUAAUAUCCGGCGAUCCCGACUACCGGCCACAGUCUAGUUUCUGGCCCUUGAUACUUGUGUUAUCACACAGGCAGAACAUCGAUCAGAUCUCAUCUCUCCCACAAAUCAACACUGAGAUUGGGCAGUGUAGAGCCUGGCUUAGAAUUGCCCUCAAUGAAUGCCUGCUCUCUUCUUACAUGUCAACAUUGUUGAAGAAUAUAUCAGCUGUUAAGCCAUUUUACAACAGGAGUGCAUUUGUUUGUGAUUCUGAAAUAUUAGAGGUAGCACAGCAACUAGUUCAGGGAUUGGAAACAUGUGUCCAGUUUAAUUUACCAAUUAAUUCCAGCUUACUAAAUCAAUGGCCUGAACAAGUAUUGAUGCAAGCGGGCAUUUGGGUGCCAACCAUGAGAGUGGCACCGAUCACUGCAGGCCUAGAUGUGGCCAGCACGUUGACAGAUGAGGUGAAACCCAAGCUUGCACUGACACCCACACAUGCUUCCAAUAUAAGUGGAAUGGUUUUAAAUGAAGAUGAGGCUUUGAAAUUUAUUCUGUCAAAAGAUUCAAAUGAUUUAAUUAAGGAAACUAAUGAAAAAAAUGUGGCAAUCGAUGCAGAAAAGGGUGAACAGAAGCAUAAAGAAGUAACUGAAAUAGUUACUAAUAAAGAUAAUAUAAAAUCAGAAUCUGAUGCUGAUUCGUUAGAAGUGAUCGAAGCGACGACAAGUCAGGAGCCAGCAGAUCAAACAGUCCAGUCUCCAGACCUUCUCCAGGCUUAUUCUUCAUCAGUAGAUUCUGGAGAUUUUGUUGUACCCAGUGAUGUCAUUGUUACUGGGAAUUCAAUACGUGGCAAGGAAUGGUCAAACGAUAGUCACGAUGAUUUAAAUGCAUCUAUCAACUCUAAUUCAUCUCAUGGCAGCAGCAUGAUCAAAACGCCAGAAUUGAAAAGCUUAUCCUCUCUUGUAGAUCAUACACAGAAUUUGAGAGACAUUAUGAAAGACAUUCAUAAGGAAUUGCAGCUAACAGUUGAUGACAAUGUGUCUUGUGAUGUAAAAGUACAGGCAGCGGCAGAUGACCCCAGCUUACAGGGAUUGGACUUUGAAGUGGUCUCAGACUCUGUCAACGGCUCUUUCACACCUCAGGAGUUGCAAAUGAUGAUAAAACAACUGGGAAUGUUAUCCAGAGAGAAAGGUCUCGAUUACCAGAAUUACCAGUGCAAGGGUUGUCAAGACUUGCUCGGCAGCACAGUUUCCAAGGCUAAAGUCUGUGGGUACACUGGUGAAUAUUACUGUUCUAAUUGUAUGGAUCCAAAUGUAUUUAUCAUUCCGGCCAGAGUCAUACACAAUUGGGACUUCAAAAGAUAUCCAGUCUCAAAAAAAUCUGCAUUAUUCUUAUUAGAAUUCCAACAUCAUCCUUGGAUAGAUAUGAAAAAGCUUAAUCCAAAAAUAUAUUGUGGAGUCUCAGAUAUGGCUCAGCUCCAAGAGUUAAGAAUACAACUGAAUUUUUUGAGAACCUAUAUCUUUACUUGCCGUGAACCGGUGAUUGAGGAGCUACAGAAACGCGUGUGGCCCAGGGAGUACCUGUACGAUCAUGUACAUUUGUACACAAUAUCAGAUUUAGCACAGAUACCGAAUAAUUCUUUGGCCUUACAGUUAGAAAAAGUGGUUAACUUUGCAAGGUCCCAUGUACUAGACUGUUGGCUCUGCAGCCAAAAGGGCUUCAUAUGUGAAGUUUGCAAGGACUCCAAGAUAUUAUAUCCAUUUGAGACAAGUUCAACAUAUAGAUGUGAUGAAUGUUCGAGUGUCUUUCAUGCUAAAUGUCAAAACGAAAGCUUGCCUUGUCCUAAAUGCAAAAGGAGACAAGAACGUACAAAUGACACAUCACUGGUUGAUGCCCUCCAAUAUCAUUUUAUCAAAUAGCUCUUAAAGUUAAUUGCUUAAAUGCAGUUUCAAGAUCAUUGUACUGAUUUAUUAUUAAUAUAUUAUCAUCUAAAAAGACAGGUCUUAGUACCCAUUGUGUAAAUGGUAGAUAAGAGUAAUGGGCGGAGAUUAUUGAAUGCUUUUGCAUUUAGUAUUUUUCAUAUACACAUUUAUUUGAGAUAAAAAUGUAAAGAGCAGAUUUACAAUAAUAGUAUGAAACCUCAGAAGCUCAAUAGUCAAGAAGUGGCCAGAAAUCUGAAAGGUUGCCCGCUCAACCUCCACUUAUUGCACUGUCACAGUUCACAACAGUCAGGGAACUUCUAACAAAACGUUGAGGCUGCGACGUCACUGGCAGGUGUCAAAUGUUAGUACAUUUGAUGCAGGUAGCCUUAUUUCUCUUUGAUUUUAUAUCACUGUAUAAUAUUAGGCAUAUUUGACAUAUCGUCGAUUCAGGAUCAAACCGAGUUCCCUCACUCUAGUUCACUCUGCUUAGAUCAAUAUCUAGUUUCUCUAUCCCUACAAUGUUAUUUCGAAUGUGCGCGUUUUUUUCGGUACAAAAUGCAUUACGUUGUGGAAAUGGAGGUCAAUAUCCUGUGUCUUAAUGUAAAAACUUUGAGUUUCACUUCAAUUCUCCUCGAAAGUGAAUCAAUUACAUUAAACACUUAAUUGGAGGGGAAAGGAUAAUAUCUGUCACAUUUAGGUUCAGUAUCUAACAAUAUAAAAUAAAUUUUAUAAAUCCUGUGGCAACUCUGGUUUGGCUCCAGGAUGUAAGCUAUAUUUGUACCAAAUAUAUGAUAUGAUGCCUGCAACUUCAUCUACUGGAUUUAGAUUUUUGGGAAUCCCGUGGGAUCUCUUUGAUUUUUCGGGAUGUAGGAAAGGAAAAGCUAUCUCUUACCAAAAUAUUCGUCAAAAUCGAUUUAACAGAUGGGCUAAAAUAGCUAGCAGGCACAUUUUAGUAUGCUCGUAAUGUGCGCUAACAUCUUAAAUCUGUGAUAAGCUUUAGAACUUCAAUAAUUCAAAGGAAAGCCAGAAAAGAAUUCUAUGAAACAUUUUUAUUUUUACAUAGGUAUUCCAUUAUAUUUGGUUUGUUUUUAAUAAAUUACAAUAUGUUGAUUUAUUAUAUCACCUAUCAAUUAAGGCAAGGCGCUAAUGAUCUAUUUCAUUUGAUGGCUGUUAUCUUUCUGUGCUAUUAACAUGCUGUUAAUAAAUAAUAAUUAUAUUAUA